AUGGAUAAACCCCCUCCUCCUUACUCUCCUCCAACUGCGCCUUAUCCAACUCAGGAUCCAUGUCCUUAUCCCUUGUACCCACAAAUUAACCAACCAACUAGUAAUGUAUUUAUGGGAUCUGGCUACCAACCUGCACCACCAGCCACAGUGAUUGUUCAUCAACCGACGGUGACCACAACUGCAUACCACCGAUAUCCUGUUGGUAUUACCUGUCCCUUUUGCCAUAACUCUGGUAUUACAAGGGUUAGGUUAGAAUCCGGAUGCUUGCCGUGGUUGUUAUGUGGAAUCCUCUGCUUCUUCGGGUUUUUCUUUGGUUGCUGCUUGAUUCCAUUCUGUCUGGAUUCCACAAAAAGUGCUCGACAUUUUUGUCCAUCAUGUAAUCGUCAAGUUGGAUAUUACAGCCCCUUGUGAAUUUCUGUUUUCAAAUCCUUUUCCCACUGUUUUUUUUAAAUAUCCUAAAAUUGUUUGUUAAAAUGUGAGAAGAUUCUUGACAAUCAUUUUUUAAAGUCACUACUACCAUUGUUGUUGCUUUUGUUAAUCUACUGACCCAUCCAACAAUCAGUUAUUUUUAAUUGUAAGUGAAACACGAUUUAAAGAUUUUUUAUUUGCUUGAUAUUUACAAUUCAUCCUACACAUAGGGAUAAAACAAGAUAAUUUUAAAAACAACAAAUUGGCUUGUAUUAUCAUUAUGGAUAGAUUCGUAUAAACUGUCUAAUUCAUACUUAUUAUUUCGAAAUUUUCAAUAUUCUGCUUCUGCUUAUUCGGUGGGUUAAUC